ACAGCAAGUCAUACGUUCUGUUGGUAGGACUUUAAUUUUCUACUCAUUCAUUAAAAAAUUUUUUUUAUCAACGAUAUGGGAAUUGAAUGCUUCCUAGUUUAAGCAAUUUGAUCAGAACAGAGGCGCUGAUUCUUUGAAAUUUUUCAAUUAAACAUUCUGUUAUUAAAUACUGAUAUAAAACUCAUACACAUAUGAGAGUAAAAUUUCUACCAUUACUGAUAGGAAAAAGAUGGCGACGAUUGAGUGUUCAAUAAUCAUACGGCUCCAAUAAUUUAAGUGCUGGAUUAAAUUAAUAUAAUAAAAUAACAAUAAUAAUUAUCACAAGAACCUGAACUGUAUAAAAAAUUAUUGAUUUAAUUUCUUUCUGACAAUAAAAACAAAACAAUCACGAUGAGUUAGAUAAAUAAAAAUUAAUAAUAAUAAGAGCAGGUAGUAAUAUUGUGUUCGAUUCUUGGGAUAUUUAAUUAAAUUUAAAAAUUUAUCAAUUAAUUGAAUUGUCAAAGCAUUGGAAAGAAAAUGAACUGGGAAUUUAUAUCAGAGAUAAACGCUCAUCUCACUGAAACUGAACUACGAUACUAUGGUGACAUAUUUUUAUACUGCUGUGACAACUAUGAUCCUGGGAACGUCCCGGUUGUCAAGGCUUAUGAGCUUUUCCGAUCAGCCAAUUUAUCCAGAGAUGCUACCAUGAAGAUUUUAGAUAUUUGCGUUGGUUCUAAAACAAAUGUCCAUAUGAGCAGAAAGCAGUUUUAUGCGGCGUUGAAAUUAGUAGCAGCUCAUCAAGCCGGUUUAGAUAUCCAUCGAGACAUGACAAUGAAUUCAUUAGACGGAGCAACUCCAUUACCAAGGUUCUCAUGGCUCACAUCAGGUGAUGUUGAGAAUAGUAGAAGCAAAGAAACAGUUAAAAAAAAUAGUAGUUCACAGUAUGAUUUAUUAGAUAAUAAAGUAGAAAAUAGAACUAAAGAAUCUCCAAGAAAAAGUGGAGGAAAUGAUUCUCCAACUACUGUAAAAGGUGCGUUUGCAUAUAGAGAACCCGGAAAUACGACUGAAAGUGAAAGUGAUGCUGAAUAUCCUCGAGAAACUGGUCGAAAUACUGAUUCUCCAACAUCUGCUAAAAUUGGUGGAUUUAGAUACGGAUUACCCGAGAGUAUGACUGAAAGUGAAAGCGAGGCAGAAUAUCAAAGAGAAACAGGAGGAAGUACUGAUUCACCAACACCUACAAAUAGUGUCACUCAAGAGAGAAUUAGUGGGAUGAUAGGCGGAGAAACUAUUUUAGACGGAGCUUCUGGUAGCUGGCAAGGUCUUUUGGUAUCAGAAGAACAAAGACAAUUAUUGGGAACUGAAGAAGAAAGUUCAGAGAGACAUAGCAGUGAUGAAGGCGAUGGUGACGGUGAUGGGUCUAGUUUUCCUCCAGAAGAAGUUUGGAUAAUCAGUAAUGAACAAAGAGAUUAUUAUGCCGCUCAAUUUGCCAGGCUCCAACCUGAUCCUGAAGGUUUAUUAGCCGGCCAUGUAGCAAGAACUUUCUUUGAAAAAUCUCGUCUACCUGUAGCAGAACUCCGGCGGAUUUGGCAAUUAGCUGAUGUCACUAGAGACGGAGCUUUAAGUCUGCAAGAGUUCUAUGUUGCUAUGCAUUUAGUUGUUCUACGUAGAAAUCAUGUUCCUCUACCAGAUAAUUUGCCUCCUAGUCUUGCUUUUACUUUAACUAUUCCGCCUUCUAAAUCUGUCAUUAAUCAGUCACCGCCACAACCACCACCUCCACCACCAUCUCCUCCUAAUCAAACGAUAAAUCAAAAUCAAAAUUCACCAAAUUCUCGAAAAACUCAAGAAAAAACUAAAGAAUGGACCAAAUUUGUUGAUUCUCCCACUGGAACUAGUAAUUUAACAAGCCCUGGACCUAAACCAGUUAACUUUGAUUUUCAAAAAUCCGCUGUAGAACGUGAUCCAAAAAUUUUACAUCCAGUUCCCUUGCGAUUGACACCAGAAGCAGCAAUUUUAGCAUCCAGUGCUAACUGUAAUAACGGGACUGUGGCUGGAUUAGUUGAUGAAGAAGUACAGCAUUCAACCGUUGCUCUUGGGCAAAGAUCGUUAAAUAAAAAGUCAUUACAACCUAAUGAUGAGGGACUAGUUGUUACUCCGAAGAAAGAACCACCUCCUCCACCACCACCGAGACCUUAUAGAACUCAUACUCGAAGUUCUAGUCUUGAUCUAAAUAAAUUAGUUUCUCUAAUUGAAGGUAAAAACGGACAAAAUUUUCUAGGAGCCCCGCCUACAAUACCUCCGAGAGUAUCUCCUGGAAUUAGCUCUCCGAGGAAACUGAUCGGUCAAAGAAGUGAGUGUGAAGAAUAUAAAGCCACCACCAGCGAUAAUCAAGGUUUUGUUGCUGAUUUUUCACAGUUUUCUCCAAAAGGUGAUGAAAAAUCUAUUGAGACUGGUCCUACGAAUCAUAAUCAACAAUUUACUGGCGUUUGUGGAGCUUUUCAUAUUUAUAGAAAGCCCAGUCCAAAACGUGGAGAAGGUGAGGAGGAGAACAAAGAAGAUGAUGAAAGCAAACGGUUAACUCUACAAGAACUGAGAGAAAAAAAUGCUGAACUUCGACUUGUAUGUGAAGAACUAACACGUGAAUUAGCUGGAGCACUUCAAGAGAGAAUUAAUCUUCGAGCUAAACUUUUACUUAUAACAUGAUCUUGCGUUUCUUCACUAUCUUUUCUGCACACUGAUGCUAUGUUUGUCCGCCCAUAUAUUUAUCACAGCACUCAAUCACUUUCAUUAUAAGAAUUUUAACAUUAAUUUACGAUAUUUUGUUUUUUCGUUACUUAUCACAACGCCUUUAAUCACUUGAGCGUCUUGAAACCAAUUUUUAAUAUUUUUUUUCUAUUAUUUUUAACUUCUAUUUCUAUAUCUAGUAAAAUAUUUUGUUUCAAUUUUGAUUGGUUUACGACCUGUAUCAUCAAGCUAAAAAAUGAGACUAAGUACGAUGUAUCAAUAGUAAGCAUUAACAAAAUAUAAUUAAUAUAAAAAGAGUUUAAAACUACAUUAUGAAUAAAAAAAAAUAAUUUAAUGACAGUACCAAAAGGCUUUGUCGAUUAAAGCCGAAUGUAUUUUCUUAUUGCAAUGAAAAAAAAUAUAAUCAAAUGUUUUCAUCGCAACUUUAACAUUCGUUUUAGCAGAACGUUAAUGUUUUCUUCGUUAUUGAAGAAUAAUAAAUUUAAAUACUAUUUCAUCGUUGAUGGAAUUAAUGUUAUAGUCCAGAUGUAUUUGUAUAUAUGUAUUAGAAAGAAGAAUAUGUAGCUAUUGAUAAAGGAUUGAUUCCUGAAAUUAUCAACUGUUUGAUCAAUGUAAUUAUUAAUUGAAAUUUAACAAUGAAUAAUUAUAAAAAUUAAGGCUGAUAAUUCUAGGCCUUAACGAGCCAUGUGUCUUUUAAUUUUGUGUGAUAAUAAAGACAAUUCGCAAAUAUGUUUAUUUGCUCAAAUUUGUGCCAUAAA